AUGGACGUUCUCUUAAACGAAAAUUCGGGACCUUGUUUGACUGCGGUGACACAAUUCCAGAAGGUUAAACCCAUCUCGAAGACGCCUGCCCUUAAGGAACAGGUUUUGAAUUCCAUUAAUGUCAAGAGAGCUAUAGAUAAUGAUACGUUGGAAUUGGUGGAGUACAUUCGGAGCCCUGAGCCAGCCAUUGUGAGACAAGCCCGUGAUUUGACUGGAACAUCUGUCGAUACACACUUGACAACCCCGUUAUAUGAGUCUGUCACGGCUAGUGGUCCUAUAGCGUCCCCUUUUGUUCCACCAAGUGGCCGUACUAUUGACAGUAAUGCUCUCAAUGGAGAACCGUCAGCAGUAGUACCAGUGCAUAUUGUCAAUAUAGACAUUCCAGGACACUACAGAGACAUCCCAGCGCUUUUGCCGGACACUGCACCCUUGGAUCUCACAUGCUUAGGGAAUAAGCAUGAACCAGGUUACGAUGUAGGGCCUUUGAAAGCAGUCCAGGACGGAAGUGAUCUACGUGAGAACGAUUUAUUGAAAAUGGAAUGGAAACUACUUCAAAUUCUUUCGUGUGAGCGCGACGAGAACAAGCAGUUCCCAGCAUUUGCCAAGGAAAUGGAGUUACGUGAAAAAUCCGCUCAAUCCAGAUGGUACCAUUACCCUCUAUACUACGUAUUUGGCGUCGACACUACCGGGUUCUUUCAAUUGAAGGAUGAAUUUGACUGGUAUGUGAACCACCCAUGGUCUUCUUUUGACCAAGUGGAGUCAGAAUUCUGGGAUUUGGAACCGGAGGAAGAUGGUGAUGAUAGUAGAGAUGCGGCUGAUCUAUCCUACUCCGUUUGUGGCUCAGAUGACGCUGAGCUCACUCUCCCUAUUUCAGGAAUUUCGGAAAGAUCCCUUGACCGCUAUCUACCUUGA